GUCGCCAUCAUUUGUGUGUCGUCCGCGAGGGCGAAAACAUGUCGCCGUUUUGUUUCGAACCGAACUGAACUCACUUGCUGUGCUAGCCCACGCAACCGUGCCACCCACCAAAGUGUCCAAAUAUUUACCCGCUCUCCGGGGUCGUGGAGUGGCUUUUGGUUGUGCUUUGUGUAUGAGCGAGUACGCGACGACCGAAGUGCGGGGUGCCAUCGAGCCAGUCCAAAGUUCCGUGCGCCGUAUCGGGGGCGGGGGGCGAGUGCAAUCGUGUCACGCACAACGGCACACCACGAUGGCCACCAGUGGACAGUACGUGCUGAUUAUUAACCUGAGGAAAAGCUUUCUUUUAGAACGUUGUUAAGGGGCUGGUAAGGAAAUUGUCGCGUGUAGAAGAAAGUGUGUUCGUUUUUGCUCGACCGUGCGUGUGUGUGUGUGUGUCGGUGAAUGUGUGUACAUGUUUACAUAAGUGUUUCUUUCCGGUUUGUCCCCGUUUUCGAAAGUUCCUUGCAUCGGAGCGGGCACCGUCGCUGCCCAAUCCGUUCUGUGCGAAAUGUGUAAAAUCAUACUUUUCGUCUUUGGAUGUUCGACUGCCAGUUUCCUUUGCAACAGCGUGCAAUAAUCGAUUCAAAACAUCAUUCCCCCCCCCCCUCUCAACCCCCUAAUCACCACCAACACCUUCACUCUUGGAAGGGCUCUUGAAUGCCGAGGGUUGCUGACCUAAAACACGAGACUUCGCUCGCCGCUCGGCUGCAUUGAUUUGCCAAAGCCGUUGCAAUAGCGAACAUUAUUAUGUAAUGCCAGUUGUGAAUGCAACGCGACUACGCACUUUCUUCUACUACGAUACCACCAAACAUCACAACCACCACCACCACCACAACACCACUGCUACUACUACUGUCAGCACUGCUGUAACAACGGGGGCACACAUAGACACUCACAACGGCAGCGCGAGCAUUUUACCACCCUUCUCCAUGACAACCGUGCGAUAAACCGGCAACUGCUCGGGACGAAGCAACGAAACCGUUGGAUUUUGCAGGAUUUUGCACAUAAACAAAAAUCGCAAGCCACCCGGCCCCACGGUGGGGUACUAUUUUCGGGCUGGUUCAGGCUUUGCAAAUCCGUUAAGAAAAAUAGGCCAAGCAGUAGGCAGUUGUUUUGCAUGGAUGCUUGGACGGUUGAAGGCAAGCAAACGGAGAAUGGUGCAAACAGCGAGCAUCGAAAAUUUAGAUGAUUUUUUGUGACAACAAAGCUGACCAAAGCUAGGAAAAAACAGGAAAAUUUCUUAAAGGGACAGCAUCAUCUCCUCGAGCAGCCGAUUAUAUCCCGGUGCCUGGUGUGUCGAAUACACCUGUGGAAGAGAAGCCAGCGAUCCUUUAAUCCAUUCUAACGAGCACUCCAACGCGGUCCCGACUGCACAAGCGAACCAUCGACCGGUGAGGCAGCAGCUGCAGCAGCCAGCGACGGCGACACGACGAUGCAGCAGACGGCAGCGGCCACCGGCCGGACGGAGAUGCGCCCGGUCAAGUACCAUUAUGCCGACUCGUUCUGGUGCACCUACCUGGUGUCGGUGUUUGCAGCCAGCAUUGCCGAAACGGUCACCUACCCGCUCGAUCUGACCAAAACGCGCCUCCAGAUACAGGGCGAGGCGGCGGCAACAGCGGUCGAUGCCGAGGGUGCCGUCAAGAAGCUCAAAUACCGUGGUAUGUUUGCAACCGCUACUGGCAUCAUCCGCGAGGAAGGAGCGCUAAAGCUUUGGCAAGGUAUCACGCCCGCCCUAUACCGGCAUCUUGUGUACAGUGGCGUUCGCAUCGUAACGUACGACGCCCUCCGCAAGAAGCUGCGCAAUGGGAAGGAAACCUUUUCCCUCUGGCAGUCAGCCCUGUCCGGCGUUGGUGCGGGUGCACUCGCCCAGUGGCUCGCUUCGCCCGCCGAUCUCGUGAAGGUGCACGUGCAGAUGGAGGGCAAACGGCGGGCGAUGGGGUUGGAACCACGCGUGCACAGUGCGGCACACGCGUUCCGCGAGAUAGUUAGCCGCGGCGGUGUGUUUGGGCUGUGGAAGGGUAGCGUGCCGAAUGUGCAGCGCGCCGCGCUGGUGAAUCUGGGCGACCUGACUACGUACGACACGGUGAAACACUUUAUCAUGCACAAAACCGGCCUGCCCGAUUGCCACGUGGUGCACAUAAUGUCGUCGAUCUGUGCGGGUUUGGUUGCGGCAACGAUGGGCACGCCGGCGGAUGUCGUGAAGACGCGCAUCAUGAACCAACCGACGGAUGCUAGUGGCAGGGGACUGCUAUACAAGGGUUCGAUCGAUUGUCUGCAGCAAACCAUCGGAAAGGAAGGCUUUUUCGCACUGUACAAAGGGUUCCUUCCCGUCUGGAUCCGUAUGGCACCGUGGUCGCUAACGUUUUGGCUUUCGUUCGAGCAGAUACGGGCCAGCCUUGGUGCUAGUGGGUAUUAGGAUUAGGAGCAGGAAAGCCACAGCUACUACAAAGUGCACAAAGUGUAGGUUUGUUAAACACUGUUCCCGAUCGUUCAAUUUUUCGCAGAAAUAUCCCGAAGUAACAGAUUAGUAGCUCCCUUUUGUCCGGCACAUUUUUCUCUUUUUGUGCCAUUUUUGUUUACACCAUUCGUUGUUCUUCAUCAUUAAUAGCCUCUAGCUCAUUAUAUAUAUUAUGUUCUUUUGUGCGUGUUUUGGGUUGUAAAUAUUAUUGUCAGCUCACGUGUGCAUGUGUCCCCACACGCUAUGGAGCUCAUCGCUACAUUUUCUAAUACAAACGAGAGCUAUCGUUGUUCAGCUGUUUUCUUAUUUGAAACUGUGAUUUAGAGAGUAUAGUUUGGUCAGAGAAGAAAGCAACGACUCUUUCGAGAAAGGGCACACCGGCUCGGUGCCGGUCUGAUGGUUGCUGCUGUAGAUGGUAGCUUGGUCCCAAUUAGUGUACGGUUAAUUGUGUUUGGAUUAAAGUUUUGGCUUCACGUCGACAGUAGCACACCUAACUGCUGUUCUGUUUGUGAUUGGUAAGUGCAGUCGAUUCGUUCGUUUUUCAUCAUCACCGUCUCUCCGGUCAUACAUCACUACGGCUCAGGGAGUACAGUUAAACAAAACAGUUAAACCAUUAUUAAUCUCCUCUGGUAAAUGUUCCUCUAUCCUCUUGAAGAAACGGUCAACUAAAAUGAAAAUUGUAUCGAAAACACUCCUCCUCUGCGAAAAUGUUUUUUUUUUUUUCCUGUAAGUUCCUUAACCCUUCGAGCGUAUGUGCAAAUAUGUAAUCGAAACCUUACGCCUUCUUUCGGGGAGUGGAGGAACCAUCUCCUUAUGUAGCUCUUAGCAAACUCCCACGAUAAAAAAAGGAAAACCAACGACGACAAUACCAAACCUUGUACGAUAAAAUGUAGCAUUAAAUGUUUUACGGUGGAAAGGGUGCAGGCAUAAAAAGGCACAGAACUCGUUACACGAGCGUUACUACUGUAGUAUCAUGUAGCAAUAAUGAGGAUUUUGGUAAAAGCAAGUAGUGAGAUCUAGCAAACGACCAUCGUUUGGUUUUAAUCGAUAGUAUGCCCAAAAGCAAGUUGAUAAAUCUAGCGCUAUCACUGAUCACUUCUCCUCUUAGAAAUGGAAGACAUUCGUUAUGUUUGUCCCCAAAACAACCGAUCAACUCCUUACUAUACAAAACCAUAACUAUAGCCGUGUUAUAUAGAAUCUUCUCGAAACUAUUGUAAAUUGUACAUAGAGUAGGUUAGAUAAAGAGAACUCUGGUGCAGUUUAAUUAUUACGUUAGUCAACAACAACCACAACCUACGGGAUAGGGUUUACAGUUUUGAAAUGGUUGCAACAUAGAGAAGUAAAAACGUACGCAAAAUAAAUGAAAAUAAUAGCCAAUAGCGAA